AUGGAUACUAGGAUUGAACAAAAUAAUAUCAGUAACAAUCAUCAAGACCCUCAGAUAAUAGUUAAAAAAAGACCUCAACGAAAAAGAAGGACUUAUGCAGAUGAUGAUGAUGGUGUUCAAACGUGUAACAUAGGUACUCAAGUGAAAGAAGGGCAUCCUAACUAUCCAAUGAUGUACGAUAUGUUGACAGGAAUAAGAAUUGGUGUAGGUCGUGUCUCUGCAAAACGGUUAAGACCCUUAAAAGAGAGUGACUUUACAGCUGCACAUAAACUAGUAUUUGACAUUACAGGUAAUGAAUUAACACCUGGUGUCAAAUAUGAUUUUAAAUUCAAAGACUAUGCUCCUUGGGUGUUUAGACAUCUUCGAGAGAAAUUUCAUGUCGAUUCUUCAGAUUAUAUGAUGUCCUUAACAAGUAAAUAUAUUUUAAGUGAAAUUGGUUCACCUGGUAAAAGUGGUAGCUUUUUCUACUAUUCAAGAGAUUAUCGAUUUAUUAUCAAGACUAUACAUCACUCGGAACAUAAGUUUAUGAUAAAGAUAUUAAAGCAGUACUACGAGCAUGUUUGUAAUAAUUCAAAUACUUUGUUAUGUCGCUUUUAUGGUUUACAUCGUAUCAAGAUGCCUAGAGGUCGUAAAAUUCAUUUUGUAGUUAUGGGGAAUAUUAUGCCUCCUAAUAAAGACAUUCAUCAAAAAUAUGACUUGAAAGGUUCGCUCUUUGGUAGAUAUAGUCAUAUAGACACUGAAGAAGAUGAAAGGAGCAAAGUAAGAAAGGAUCAAAAUUGGCUACAAGAGAAUCAACAAUUAGAAUUAGGCCCUAUAAAGCGUGAUUUACUCUUACAGCAAAUAACAAUCGAUGUAGAAUUUUUAAAAGCUCAUAAUAUUAUGGAUUAUAGUUUGUUUAUUGGAAUACAUGAUCUUACAAAAGGAAAUAGAGAGGGUCUCAAAAGUUUGCAUAUGGUUUCACCUAGCACAACGAGUCGGCAUUCAAAUGAUUCAGCAGAACUCGUUAGAGAGGCAGUUAAGAAUUCAAAUUAUGUUCAAGUCAAUUUAUCUCAUUUGCCUGCACAACCAUCAGAAGAACGUCUUUUGUGUAUAUUUUAUGCUGAUGAAGGCGGUUUUAGAUCAACAGAUCAAAAUAAUCAGCCAUCUGAUAAGUUAUACUAUUUUGGAAUCAUAGAUAUUUUGACGCCUUAUAAUUUUAUAAAAAAGUCUGAACAUUUUUGGAAACGUAUUACUCAAGAUAAGCAGACAAUAUCAGCAGUUCCUCCCAUAUUUUAUGGGAAUCGAUUUAUGACGUUUAUGAAAAAGGCUAUUAUGAAUCGAUUUAGUAACCCUACACUUAAUAUAAAAGAAGUUUAG